CUCGGCUAUCGUACGGCUACUUGCUACAACUAACGAGACGUCUGAACGAGGUUUUGUUGAAUUGGCUUUGUCGUCGUCCAUCUGUUCAUUGUUGCCUAUGCAUUCUUGUUUGUGAGCAGCAUUUACUGCUCCAACCCCCCGUGCGCGGUAGUAGCGCGACCGGCUACCGUUGCACUGGAGCGCUCUCGGUCGUCGUGUGAAUUCAGAAUGGUCGCCAAAGAACGGAAUAGUUGCCACGAUCGCGGCCCCCGGCGACGAGUGUUCGUCGUCGCUGCUGCCGCUUUUCGUGGGUGCUAUCAUGAUAAUACCGCCACCGCGCUGAAAAUUCCAUUAUGGAUUGCAAAAAUGUCUGGGUCUGGAAGAUUGCGAGAUUUGUCAUGCUUGUCUGGCAUGACAAAAGAGUUUGUAAUGCGUGCCCAAGAAGAGACGCUUUUGCCUGUCAUGCAAAAACGCAGUUUCUCAUGCGAAAAACGCAACACAAAGAAGCGCAGAUAUUUCUCAUGCUUGGUUGUGCAUUACAGAGCAUUCACUAUUCCCAACACAGCAUCACAAGUUUCCAGACCCAGACAUUUUUACAUUUGAUAUCCAUCCCCUAUUGGCAACGACCAGAUCUUCACGAACGGACCACCGGGACAGGCCAGCCAUGCUGUGCCGCAUAUUACAGUGAAAAAUGCCCCCACCCCCAGCUUGGCAGCAUUUGUAUUGCAAACCUUUCCAACAGAAACAUUCCCCGUCUUGCAUAUCUCAGCAUCACAAAUUUUCCAUGCUGAAUAGGUCAAAUUUGUGUUGCGAAGUAGCCCAACAGCAGCCGGAUCUGUUAUGCACAAGGCACCUUGCGCACCCUGAUUCUGCAUCAGAAACGCUCGCAAUCCUUUUAUGCAAGACAAAAAGCUUUCAUUUGGAAACUUUUCAUGACAAACUUCUGCAAAUUCCGGGGUGGGGGCAUUUUUCACUGUAAUACCGCAGCAGACUGCUUCUCCGCAGGAAUUGCCUUCUUCUGCAUCAAGUUCCCGCCUCGUCUCCGGUGCGUCUACUGCGACAUCGAGCUUCAUGAAUCAGUACCAGAACAAUGGUCUGCAGACGAACAACCCGGAGGAUCCAGUCGUGCAAGCGCCGCAAGGGCGUUUGGCAGGAGAUCAAAGUCUUGCAGGAACGGCGUGGGACCCGAGACUUUACGACGCGACGGCGCAAGCGGGCGCCGGACCAGGAUUUACGCCGCAGCUCCAGGAGCCAGGACAGCUGCAGAACCAGCUUCCACUGCAGGGCCAGCUGCAGGGAGCAGCCAUGCCGCAAACAGUGCCCUUCAUGCCACUGUACGCCAAUGGUUACAACCCCGGGCAGGCUGCGACGAUGGCGAUGCAACCGCCCUUCGCGGAGGCUUUUAAUCCCAACGCAAUGCCGCCAGGACAGAACUUUUACACUAGCAACUGGAAUGCUGUUGCCCCCCCGAGCUUCAUCUCUCCCCAAGAACAGCAGCAGCAGCAGCAGCAAUAUGCUGCCCAGCUGCCUUCUGCAGCUGGCACACUCGUCACCGCAAGCGAUCAUGAUCCUCUGCAAGAACCUGCCACAGGUGGUCCUUCGUCCCACCAGUUUGUUGGACGUGAACUACGAGCAAGACCUACGACGUCUUCUGUGGCAAUAUCAAGCAAGAUUCCGACAGCGAAGAGCGCGGAUGAUGGGGGACCAGUAGAGAAGAUGAGUGAAAAUGAAGACAGGUCUCCUUCCGCUGAAACUUUAGCAGAGUCUUCUGCGAUGUUGUCGCCGCCGCAGGCACAGCAGGCUGGUCCCCUUGAGACGACGACCGAAAAUGCGCGCGAAGAACUUCCGGGGCAGCAAUUCCUUCCAACUCCGAGCACAGCUACUGUUUCGCCCGUUGACCAGCAAGUGUUGUCUUUUUACGGCAGCGCGCCACCUCCGGCGGCCGUGGUCGCGCCGAUGAUGUCCGCUUCUGCACCGACCAGCGCGCCCAUGAUGUCCGCUUCUGCACCGCCUCCGGCGCCCGCGCCGCAGCAGUUUGUGGAUCCGAACGCCGUGUCGACGCUCGUGCGGCAGGAACUGCAGUCCCAACUCCAGUCGCAAUUGCAGGCGCAGCUCCAGCCGAUGCAAACCCAGGUGAACUCGCUGGGGACGCAUAUCCUGUGCAAAAGUAUCUGACUUAUGCGUACUAGUUGCAGCCAGGCAUCACAAAUCCAUACUUUCAACUUUAGAUAGCAUGACAAACUCCAUUUGUGUUCUUGGGAAAAUUUGUGAUGCAAUUUAUACGACGUAGUAUCGGAUACUUUUGUAAUGCAUAACGCAGCUACCGCAGCAGUUUGAGCAGCGGCUGACCGACGUGGCGACCAAGAAAGAGGUCGAGCAAGCGGAGCACGUGGUUCUGAAGACCGUGGAGGAGGAGGCAGAGAAGAAGAUUCAGGAGGCGGGCAAGAAACUCGGGGAGGAGUUCGAAGCCGGGGCGAAAAAGCAGGAGGAGGCCCUGAUGAACAAAAUGUCGACGGUGGAGAAAGAGCUGCAAACUGUCGAAGAAGGGUUUCAAGAGAAGGUGAAGGAAGUGCAAGCGGCGGAAAAAGACAUCCAAACAGAGAUCAGCACGGUGUUGGAUUUAUGGAUCUGGCAAAACAUUUUCGUAAAUUACUGCAAGGUGAAUAAACGCAUGAAAUAAAUGCGAUCACUUGGACGGCCGGUCCCGCUUCCCAAGUAGACAUGGCCAACAUUCCUACUCAAUCUCAACAAAAAAGCAUUCAAAGGAGCGUUUGUUUCUUGCAGAGCUGUGCACAUCCGUUUUUUACGCAAUGGGUUUUGCAAUCCAUACUAGACUAUUGAGAGGAAAAAUCCCCCCUCCCCAUAUCGAAAAGGUAUCUUUCCGAAAAUUUGCGUUGCUGAUUUGAGGUCACAAAUAGCAUUUGUCUUGCAGGAAGACAAGGGCACCAGAAGCUUCCGCCCCAUUAUGGAAGCGAUUUGUCAUGCUGCUGGGCCUAAAGGUCAGCCGUUUGCAAUGCUGAACAACUAGACCCAUAGGCCCCUACCUAGCCUGGGGAUCUGGCCGCAAUGCCUUCCUGCAAGACAAAUCCGAUUUGUGUACGCAAAUCCAGCAUCACAGAUUUCCUUUUUGAUAUGGGGUGGGGGCUUUUUUCACUUUGAUAUAGACAGCCAAAGCGGCCGGUGAAGUGCUGGAAAAGGCGAAGGAGGAGAACGAAUUGCUAAAAAAAGACGUCGCAAAGGUACUUACUUACGUAGUUCAUCGAUCUGGUGUGAUACCUCGUGCUCUACUGAAAGAAGUGAAGGCGUGAAGAUGGAGAUGAAGAAAAUGCACGACUUUAUCUUUCUACUUGAAACAUAAAUUUUACAGAUGGGUCAACAUCAUCACUCUCACUGAACUGAUCAUCUCAGGUUGACACGACUUUUCACAACGUGAUGGAGCAAAGUUCAGCGGUCCAGAAUGCCACCGAAGCUGUAUGAGAGUCGUGCACAACUCGUUCCGCUGCUCCCGCUGGUUCGUUCUGCAAAAUGCUCAGCAAUGUGCAUGAAAACCUUCGGAGGCCCAAGCAGCACUGCGAUGCUCUUGCUGUAGAAAUGAAACAGAAACAUACACUAGAGCAAAUGACCGGGAUUAGUGGGACGCGUUGUUCACUCUCAUAGGCUGCCAGUGCCCAAUGGAAAACCAUGGAGACGGAGCUGACCGGAGAGAUGCAACAAGCGAACGCAAAGGCCGACGCAGCACUCACUGCCUCCAAUGGCCACGAGGAAACCUUGGAAUAUGCAUUGCAAAGAAAAGUAUCGUACUAGUAGUAAUUGCAAUACAAAUUAGCGCAGCACGACAAAUCAAAUUUCUCGUCCUGAUUUAGCUUGAAAAUGAGAUUUGUGUCGCAUGCCUGCCAUUAUUACGAGCGCGAUACUUUUGCACAGGAUAUGGAAAAGGCCGCGACGAUUCUGGAGGAGGUAAAGCAGAAGGUGGACGCUGAUGAGGAAACGCUGGGGGCCUUAGAUGGUAAGGUUGGGGACUUGCAGAGCGCUGUCGGGGCCAGCGUCGCGUCGCCCGCAGUCACGAGGUAGGAGCGCCGCUGGGGGGCUGGAGGGCGAUAUGGAGCUGGUAAGAAAGUACGUCGCCGGAUGAAUAGAUGACAUUCUUUUCAUAAAGAAUAAGUUUCUGGCUCGGCGGUAUGAUCAUUUAUUUUCCGGUGAAGCCAGCGCAAAUAAAUUGUAAAUUUUUUUUUCCUCCGCGUGUCACGCCCGCGCUCUCACGAACGUAAACCUUUCAUGUGUGUGCUGGAGUGUGUAAAACAUAAAGGAUUCGACCUGUGUCGGGUUCUACUUUUGAACAAAAGCGAUAUACAAGCUAGAUACUCCUGUGCGUAGACGAGAAUGGAUUCAUGCGCGUUGCUGAUGAUAAUUGUUCUCUUGUGGAUGCCGUUUACGUUUUGACUUUUCCAAAUUUGCUUUCUUGACGAGGAACGAGCUGUAGAGAUGCGGA